GAAAGCGAUGAAAACGAAAUAAAAGGUGAUGAUGGGGAUGAUGAUGAUGAUGAUGAUGACGUACAAGACGUGCAAGAGGAAGAUGAGGAGGAGAAGGAGAAGGAGGAGGGUUAGGAGGAAUAGGAGUUAA